GCUGGAGGAUCAGCAGCAGCAUCUCAGCGACCUGCUACCCGGAGAGGAGACGAUGUCUGCGGCUGUGGAGCGAGGAGCAGCCCGGGGGACCGCCCUACCUCCGGACCCGGACCCCCCCGCUGCCGCCGCCGCCGCCGCGGGGGGGUCCGGUGCUGCCGGAGAGCCCGACGGCCGCGUGUUGGUGCCGAUGAACCUGUUCGGGACCUGGGAGAUCGACCGGUGCUCUCCGAGCUGCGUCCCCAGGCUGUGCAGUCUGACUCUGAAGAGGCUGAUGGUUUUAAAGAAGCUGGGAAGAGAACUCAGCUCCGUCGUCAUCGCUGUUAAGAUCCAGGGCUCGAAGAGAACGCUGAGAUCCAACGAGUACCUUCUUCCUCCAGACGGCCUGAUGGAGACAGACCUGGAGCUCACCUUCUCACUGCAGUACCCUCACUUCCUCAAGCGAGAUGUGAACCGGCUGCACGUGAUGCUGCAGAAGAGGAAGCGGUACAAGAACCGAGCCGUCCUGGGCUACAAAACCCUGGCGGUGGGAGUCAUCAACAUGGCCGAGGUGAUGCAGCAUCCCACGCACGGCAACCACAUCCUCGGUCUCCAUAGCAACCUGAAGGACGCGGCGGUGCGCGCGGCGGAGCUCAGCGUCCAGGCUCUCUCCAGCCAGCCAAUCGAGCAGGAGGACGCGGGCGGUCACCACGGCAACAAGGCCAAAGCCUCGGCAGAUGUCUCUCCUGACCCAGAGAACUACUGGGAGGACGAUGACGACAGCUUCUCCUCCGAACAGGAAGUGAGCGAUGAUGCAGUUCCUCCCCAGGACAUGUACGAUGAUGAUGUAGCGGUAAUGUCCAACGGCCUCCCGGAGCCAUCCAGGCCCCCAUUCCAUGUCCAGUGUACCCGAUUGGGUGGGAUCGAGGAGCCCGAGGAGGACCUGGACCUGCUCACGACCAGGUCUGGAGAUGUGCAAGCCAGAGUGAUGGCGGCCGGACUCCCUGGGCGACAGCGACGUGCGAUCGGGUUGGGACAGCCCAUUGAUACUACUGCUGCUGAACUAGGGGUAACAGGAGGGCUACACCCUCCAUCGAAUCUCUACUAG